AUGGGCGAAGGCAACAAUUUUGGCCACGUCUCCCGGGGCAUCUAUCGAUCUGCGUUUCCAAAUGCGGAAAUACACGCACAGCAUCUGAAUGGCAUCAAGACCAUUCUGAAACUUGUUGAUACGCCCUACCCGUGCCCCGAUGAAGACUUCAUUGCCUCGAUGGGCAUCAAAGUUCAUACCACUGCAAUCCGCACCACCAAGGUAGCCAUGGACGAGACAACCAUUCAAGAUUUCAGCGUCUCGAUCAAUCAGAUUCUGACCCUACUCAUCAACACCGAGAACCACCCGGUGUUAGUUCACUGUAACCAAGGCAAACACCGGACCGGAUGUGUUAUCGGUUGCUUUCGCCGACUUCAGCUAUGGGAUAUUGAUGAUAUAAUUGCCGAAUAUCGACAAUACGCUGGGCCAAAAGCUCGUCCCUUGGAUGAAAGCCUUAUCCGGGCUUACGAGCCGGGAGAUCUUUGGAAGACAGCACAGGAAGCCAAUGUUUCUAGCUGGUCUUAG